AUGUCUCACAGAAACUUCUCCAUGCCCAGGCAUGGCUCCCUGGGCUUCCUGCCUCGGAAGCGCAGCAGCUGGCACCGUGGGAAGGUGAAGAGCUUCCCCAAGGAUGACUCCUCCAAGCCUGUCCACCUCACUGCCUUCUUGAGCUACAAGGCCGGCAUGACUCACAUCGUGCGGGAGGUCGACAGGCCGGGAUCCAAGGUGAACAAGAAGGAGGCUGUGACCAUUGUGGAGACACCGCCCAUGGUGGUCGUGGGCUAUGUAGAAACCCCUCGAGGCCUCCGUGCCUUCAAGACCAUCUUUGCGGAGCACAUCAGCGAUGAGUGCAAAAGGCGCUUCUGUAAGAACUGGCAUAAGUCCAAGAAGAAGGCCUUCACCAAGUACUGCAAGAAGUGGCAGGAUGAUGAUGGCAAGAAGCAGCUAGAGAAGGACUUCAGCAGCAUGAAGAAGUACUGCCAGGUGAUCCGAGUCAUCGCCCACACUCAGAUGCGCCUGCUCCCCCUGCGCCAGAAGAAGGUGCACCUGAUGGAGAUCCAGGUGAAUGGCGGCACGGGCUUUGUCCACUAUGGUGAAGUGACCAAUGACUUCGUCAUGCUGAAAGGCUGUGUGAUGGGAACCAAGAAGCGAGUGCUUACUCUCCGCAAGUCCCUGCUGGUGCAGACCAAGCGGCGGGCCCUGGAGAAGAUUGACCUUAAAUUCAUUAACACCACCUCCAAGUUUGGCCAUGGCCGAUUCCAGACUGUGGAGGAGAAGAAAGCAUUCAUGGGACCACUUAAGAAGGACCGAAUUGCAAAAGAAGAAGGAGCUUAACACCAGAAGCAGAUUGUGUGGCUGGUGGGAUCUCAGUAAAAACAGUUUUCCAGUG